GGAAAACUAACCAAGGAAAGAAUCAGAGGAAGUGCGGCUGCCAUUUUACCAAACAAUUUGGAAAGCAUUGAGCUUCGAAACUCACAAGUGUUGUCAUUGUUGCUAAGAAUAUGAACUGAGCACAAUUCCUUUGUUUGUCCUCCAGAAGUAUUCAAAAGGGCAGCUUGAACGAGAAGGAUAACGGAAUGAAGAAAUCCUAAUUUAAUCAGUAUACUAAGUAGCAGAGCAGAAAAAAAUCUGGAGCAGAAAAAGGAGGUGCACAGUUUUUUGAAGUGUCACAGAGAAUGCAACUUACAGUUAUUGAAUGGGGCCCUUCCUGCUUUUCGUUGUUGUGGUGAAAGUGUGGUCAUCUUUUUGACAAGGAUCAAAGGACAAUGGAGUCCAACACCCUUGGAAAAGCUGCAACACUGGAUGAACUAUUAAAUACCUGCAUUAAAAUGUUUGAUGUCAAAGGGGAGCUGAAUGGCAAUAAUUUGCCGAGAACUUUUCUUUUAAUGCAUCGAUGGUAUCUGUCAUCCACAGAAUUGGCAAAUAAACUUCUCUCCCUAUAUAGAAAUGCCAAUGGAGGAAACUGCAGUGAAAUCCGCUUAAAAAUCUGUUACUUUAUGAGGUACUGGAUUUUGGAAUUUCCUGCAGAAUUUAAUCUGGAUCUUGGUUUGGUUCAUCUGACUGAGGAGUUUCAAGAAUUAGCUUGCCAUCUAGGUUAUGAAGAACAUAUACACCUUAUUGACAUUUCUAGCAUACCCUCUUAUGAUUGGAUGAGAAGAAUCACACAAAGGAAAAAAACAUCCAAGAAAGGAAAAGCUUGUCUAUUGUUUGAUCACCUGGAACCCGUUGAAUUAGCAGAACAUCUCACUUUUUUGGAGUAUAAGUCUUUCCGAAGGAUCUCUUUUACAGAUUAUCAGAGCUAUGUGAUCCAUGGUUGCCUGGAGAACAAUCCAACUCUGGAAAGAUCAAUUGCUUUAUUUAAUGGCAUCUCAAAGUGGGUCCAAUUGAUGGUGCUGAGCAAACCAACUCCUCAACAAAGAGCAGAAGUUAUCACAAAAUUCAUCAAUGUUGCACAGAAACUUCUUCAGCUUCAAAAUUUCAAUACACUGAUGGCUGUUGUAGGAGGCCUAAGUCACAGUUCUAUUUCACGUCUGAAAGAAACUCAUUCUUAUCUUUCUUCAGAAGUUACCAAGGAUUGGGAUGAAAUGACUGAACUGGUCUCUUCCAAUGGAAACUACUGCAACUACCGCAAAACAUUUGCAGACUGUAUCAACUUCAAAAUCCCCAUUUUAGGAGUCCACUUGAAGGAUCUAAUAGCAGUUCAUGUAGUUUUUCCAGACUGGAUCAAUGAGGACAAAGUCAACCUUGUGAAAAUGCAGCAGCUUUCAGUCACUUUGAGUGAGCUGGUAGCUCUGCAGACAGCAUCCCACCAUCUUGAGCCAAAUAUGGAUUUAAUUAAUCUACUGACGCUUUCACUGGAUCUCUACCACACAGAAGAUGAUAUUUAUAAGCUUUCACUGGUGCUAGAACCUAGAACAUCUAAAUCACCUACCUCUCCAACAACCCCUACUAAGCCAGGAGUACCCCUGGAGUGGGCAUCUGGUGUAAUACCAAAGCCUGACCCAAGUGUUAUUAAUAAACAUAUCCAAAAGCUAGUUGAUUCUGUUUUUAAGAAUUAUGACCAUGAUCAUGAUGGCUAUAUUUCACAAGAAGACUUUGAAAGUAUAGCGGCAAAUUUUCCUUUUCUGGACUCAUUCUGUGUAUUAGACAAAGAUCAAGAUGGUCUUAUCAGCAAAGGAGAAAUGAUGGCAUAUUUUCUAAGGGCUAAAUCACAGCUACAGUGUAAAAUGGGACCAGGUUUUAUACAUAACUUCCAAGAGAUGACCUAUCUUAAGCCAACCUUCUGUGAACAUUGUGCUGGAUUUCUCUGGGGUAUAAUCAAGCAAGGCUACAAAUGCAAAGAUUGUGGUGCCAACUGCCAUAAACAGUGCAGAGAUCUGCUCGUUCUAGCUUGUAGGAAAUUUGCCAGGGGGACUUCACUGAACAGUGGUCACGGUUCUUUGCCCAAUAGUCCAUCACUGCCUGCAGUACAAGAUGAAGUAUUUAAAUUCCCCACUGUAAGCCCACGAAAUCAGGAUCUUGAUAGCAGAGCAAUCACGCUUGUAACCGGCUGCUCUCAGAAGAUUUCAGUACAUCUCCGGCGGGUAACCACUAGUCAAGCAACUCAGACAGAACCACUGUGGAAUGAACCAGGUUGGGGUGAUUCAGGAUCACACACUUUCCCCAAAAUGAAAUCCAGGUUCCAUGGUAAAUCUGGAAAGAAUAAAGGUUUUGCAAAAUGGGAGAAUGAAAAGUCUAACAUUCCAGUCAACAGGGACACAACAGUGCGUGUGAUGGAUCAAAAUGGAACAGAAACUCUCCUAGAAAGACAGGAAGUCAAGGCUUGUUGAUCUGCUGCAGAAAAUCUGCUGUCAGAAGAUAGUUCAAGAAAAGUGUGAUAUUUUAUAAAUCGCCUGGAUAUGGCUGAACUUCAAACCAAUGUUACAUUCAUCAGAUUUUAUCAUUGGUGACAGUUGCUUAAUGACAAGAGUACACUAUUUAUUUUCUCACACAAGUAAUUUGAUCAAUCUUGCACUGAUGGAGAAGAAAGGAACAUUAUAACUGCAGAACAUCCGCAAUUCUGUUGCCAGCAUCAGAAUCCUGGCUCUGGAUCUAUCACUACUAAAACUAUCACUACCAAAAUCAUAUGGGCUUAUAGACGUGUCAGUUACCAAAAUUCCUGGAUCCAAAUUUUGUCAACCUUCCACAUUCUGAGGCAUCCCCCAUCAACAACUGAAAACUGAUUUUCUAUCUGGAACUAAGAGCUCAGAUUCCCCAGUGGCUGCAUUCACAUAUUAAGAGUCAUUAGGUCAAGGGUUUUCUUUAAAAAGUAUUAUUUCUCAACACAAAUAUGAAGCUAUCUAAAUUUUUAUAUUCAGUUUGUGAUAAUCCACAAUGUGUGCUUCCUACUUAAUUCACAGAACUGGAUGAAAUCAGAUUAUAUACUUUGGCACACAAAGAUUGUGGAAUUCAGGUGGUGUAAUUUAGCCUAGCUUUCUUCAAUCUUAAUAUCUGCCAAGUGCAGUUCACAAUUCCCAUCGUCCCCAGCAUGGCUAAGAGCCAACUACACCUGGAAAGCACCAAGCUAAAGAAGUCUGAAAGAAGAAUAAAAGUUGGUCUUUCACUGUUUCCUAGAAUGAUGUAAACAUGUAUUACAUUUAAUUUCAUGGUUGUUGGAGCGGUUUUGUUGGUUUUUACACCUUUUAGCAAACUGGAAAUAAACACUGGAUUUUAUAAAUAGCAAA